AUGUACACUGGACCUUGGCAGGCGGCAUACAAGCAGGGUCGCAGUUGUGCUGACCUGGUAUGGUCUCAGAGAAUGUUGACAUCAGUGGUUACCAGGCGCGAGUUUGAGUAUAGUAAAAUCAACAUUGACAUGACCGCUGCGUUUAAUACUAUCCGCAGACAGACCAUCAUCAACCUCCUCAUUGAUGCAGGAUGCUCUAGAGACGACAUUCGCCUAGUUCAGUACCUCCUCUCAAAUACAAAGCUCAAGGUGACGGUCAACAGAUCUGAGUCUGGUGAAUUUGUGAUUAAUAUUGGCGCUUACCAGGGAGACAGUCUGGCAGGUAAAGUGUUUACAUUGACCCUUGCCGGUGCCCUGAAUCACAUCAGAGCCGUGAUCAGUGUCACGAUUCCUAGACCGAACCCCCCAGUCUCUGAUAGAGGCCUCCCGUUAGAGUCCGCCUAUGCUGACGAUGCUGAGCUUCUGAGUGAAGAUGGUCAGAGCCUGGUGAAGAUACUAGAGAUUGCCAGUGAUAUACUAAAGGAUUGGAGUCUCUUUGUUAACGAAUCAAAGACGGUGUUUACAAGAGUGUAUUUGGCAGAUACAGAUGCUUUAGAUGCCCAUGGCAAUAAAAUUAGAGGAGAUGAAGAGUGGCGAGAGUCAGUGCUAUUAGGAUCAAAGCUCUGUUCAGAAAGAGAUAUUGUCAACAGACGCAACAAAGCCAAUGUUGCCUUCUACACCUACAAGAAAGUCUGGUUGAAUAGCUCUGUUCAGAUCAGUGAGAGUAGAAAGCUGAAGCUGUACGAAGCUCUUGUCACUUCAGUGUUGUUGUAUAACUGUAGCAGCUGGGCUGCUCCUGAAACCGUAAUGGCAUCUGUCGACGUUCUUCAAAGGAAGCAUCUGAGACAGAUAAUCAACACCUAUUGGCCUACGGUUAUCAGCAACGAGAAUUUAUAUAAGAGAUGUAAUGUCAGACCCCUUACUGAAAGGAUCAAGAAAGCAAGAUGGAAGAUGCUUGGGCACGUUCUCAGAAGCGGUUUACUGUGUUCAUCUGGUGUUAUCCAUCCAUCAAGUUGGUAUUCUCCAACCAGUUCCUAA